AUUUUUCCGGAUACUUCAAAACUGGCAUAAAAAUUUAUAGAUUUUGUAAAUAAAUUAAUAAUAAUUCUUUAUAUUUUACAAAAAAACAAAAUAAUGGACUCUUCAAUCGAUGAUAACAAUUUAUCAUGGCGCGGCUGUUCCAUGGACGAAAUCCAUCGCUAUCUCAACGAAUUCGAACUCGAACAUGUUCCACCAAUUCGUCCCUCCGACCAUGACACUGUUCUCUAUCAUUUCCCAAUUCGUUGCGACUCCAGCGAAGCCCCACGUCCACUCAAAGCACAAGACAAAUGGGAUGCCAAUCAUGUACGUCUGCCAUGUUCCAACAAAAGUCAAUAUCCAAUUGUUGGUGACGAUGGGAAUGUUGUCAUUGAACGCCGCUGGAAAAUGGUCGAACAAGCUUUAUUACGUCCCAUUAAAACUAGCAAAGAACUUGAACAAGCUAUAUUAUCUUAUAAUUCUAAAUAUAGUGAAUUAUGGAAUUUCCGUUCUUUGCAUAAAUUAUUUGAAGAAGAACUCGAUGAAGACGAAUCAAAAGAGUUUUUUGAUCAUUUACUUCCAAAGAUUAUUCGCUUGGCUUUGCGACUCCCUUCAAUUGUUCAAUGUGGCAUUCCACUGCUAAAGCAGGGACAAAAUCGGUCACUUUCGCUGACACAACUUCAAGUAGCUUGUUUAUUGGCAAAUGCAUUUCUCUGUACAUUUCCCAGGCGAAAUACAACCAAACGGAAAUCAGAGUAUAGCACAUUUCCCGAUAUAAACUUUAAUAGACUCUUCCAAUCGUCUGGACAAUCUGUGAUUGAAAAAAUCAAAUGCAUUUGCCACUAUUUCAAAAGAGUCUGUAGUCGAACGCCAACGGGAGUUGUGUCAUUCAUAAGACGCAACAUUCCCGCCUCAGACUUGCCCAAUUGGUCACACAUUGAAGCCCCAUUGGCAGUGACUCCUCUGCAUAUCACUUCUUGUGGAACAAUUGAAGAUCAGGGACGUGGAUUGUUGCAAGUUGAUUUUGCAAAUAAGUUCCUGGGCGGAGGAGUCUUGGGGCAUGGUUGUGUUCAAGAAGAGAUUCGAUUUAGUAUUUGCCCAGAAUUGCUAAUAAGUAAACUCUUUACCGAAUGUCUGCGGCCAACCGAAGCUCUGAUAAUGGUCGGUUGUGAGAUGUAUAGCAAGUAUAAGGGUUAUUCGAAUUCAUUUAUUUGGGAUGGUAACUUUGAGGACAAUACUCCGCUUGAUAGUAGUCGGAGGAAAAGUGUCCAUAUUGUUGCAAUUGAUGCACUUCCAUUUGCCAAGCCAUCCCAUCAAUAUCGAGAGGAUUUGAUGCUUAGAGAAUUGAAUAAAGCUUAUGUUGGGUUUUUUCAUCCUCUCGACUCGAUUGCGCCUGGAGUUGCAUCGGGUAAUUGGGGUUGUGGAGCGUUUGGAGGAGAGGCAACUCUAAAGGCUCUUUUGCAGCUGAUGGCAUGUACGGUGGCUAAAAGGCCAUUAGUUUACUUUACAUUUGGUGAUGAAAAACUUCGAGAUUCUGUUCAUCAGAUUCAUACGUUUUUUAUUGAGAAUAAUGUCACAGUUAAGGAGUUGUGGAGGUAUUUGAAGAAAUUCCAGGAGCAGAAGUUAGCGCCGAGUGCGCUGUAUGAUUUUAUAUGCACUUGUCAUACUGAUAGGAAUUCGAGUGGUCAAGGAAGCUCAAGCAAACAACGUGGAAAUGUUAAAACUCCAACGAAAGAUCAAAAUGGAACGACAAGCACAAAGACUAGUAGUAACAAUAGUACACCAUCAGUUUUAUCUCCAGAUCUUUUCGACGAUCAAGAUGAUGAAGAUAUGUUGGCAGCUGUAGCGGAGAAAUUGGAAGCCGAACUUGUUGCAAAUGAUACAAAUUCAGAUGAAGAUACUAUAACCAGCAAGGCAAAAGAAGCCUCAUCGCCGAAAGGGUUACCACCGAAGGUAGCAGGAGGAGAAAAAAAAUCGAAACUUAAACAAACUACUUUGUUGGAGAUGUUAGAUAGGUGUUAUACUGGAGAUAGUCCAUUGAAAAGACGUCGAGGAGAUGCGGAAAAUUUUAAAAAAACAAAAUCACUUAGUACAUCGGAAAAUCUUGUGUUCAAUUAGUGGACGCACUUUAUUUUAUAUUUUAAGGAGACUUUAAAUGACGAAUUGUUUGAGCUUAGUAUUUUUGAAAUUGUAGCUUUUAAGUUUGUGUUCUUCUUUUUAUAUUUUUUUUUUUAAAUUGUUAAUUGAUGUUAUUAGAACAAUAAACGAACAUUUUUAGUA